CCUGCCGCCUUCGCCAUGGUGGCUGGCAUGCUGAUGCCCUUGGAGCAGCUGCGCUCCAUCUACGAGCUGCUCUUCCGCGAUGGGGUCAUGGUGGCCCAGAAGGACCGGCGCCCCCACAGCUACCACCCCCAGCUGCCGGGCAUCACCCACCUGCAAGUCCAGCGGGCCAUGGGCUCCCUGCAUGCCCGCGGCCUGGUGCGCGAGAGCUUUGCCUGGCGCCACUGCUACUGGUACCUGACGGACGAGGGCAUCGCGCACCUGCGCCAGUACCUGCGCCUGCCGCCAGAGAUUGUGCCCGCCACCUUGCAGCGCGUCCGCCGCCCCGUGGCCAUGGCAAGGCCCGCCCCGCGCCCACGCCCGCCUCGCACCCAGACCGUGCCAGGCCCACUGGCCUGCCCCCCGAAGCCCCAGGAGGCCUCACGCCAGGAGUACCGCCGGAAGGAGGAGCCUGCUGGGCACAUGGAGCUGGUUGCUGCCAGGGCAGGGCCACAGGUGGCCUCUGCUGCCCCUCCUGCUGAAGACGAACGGGAUCGGGUCCAGAAGAAAACCUUCACCAAAUGGGUCAACAAACACCUUAUCAAGGCCCAUCGCCAUGUCAACGACCUCUACGAAGACCUCCGCGAUGGGCACAACCUCAUCUCCCUCCUGGAGGUGCUCUCAGGAGAUACUCUGCCCCGCGAAAAGGGCCGGAUGCGGUUCCACAAGCUCCAGAAUGUGCAGAUUGCCCUGGAUUACCUGAAGCACCGGCAGGUGAAGCUGGUCAAUAUCCGGAACGAUGACAUUGCGGACGGAAACCCCAAGCUGACUCUGGGCCUCAUCUGGACCAUCAUCCUCCACUUCCAGAUCUCGGACAUCCAGGUGAGCGGCCAGUCGGAGGACAUGACCGCCAAGGAGAAGCUGCUGCUGUGGUCCCAGCGGAUGGUCGAAGGCUACCAGGGCCUGCGCUGCGACAACUUCACCACCAGCUGGCGAGAUGGGCGCCUCUUCAACGCCAUCAUCCACCGCCACAAGCCGAUGCUGAUUGACAUGAACAAAGUGUAUCGCCAGACCAAUGUGGAGAACCUGGAGCAGGCCUUCUCCGUGGCCGACCACGAGCUGGGAGUGACGCGGCUGCUGGACCCGGAAGAUGUCGACGUUCCUCAGCCCGACGAGAAGUCCAUCAUCACCUACGUCUCCUCUCUCUACGAUGCCAUGCCUCGCGUGCCCGACGUGGUGGAUGGCGUCAAGGCCAACGAGCUGCAGCUGCGCUGGCAGGAGUACUACGAGGUGGUGACGCUGCUCCUGCAAUGGAUCCGGCAUCACACGGUGAUCUUUGAGGAGCGCAAGUUCCCCUCCAGCUUUGAGGAGAUCGAGAUCCUGUGGCGCCAGUUCCUGAAGUUCAAGGAGACAGAGCUGCCCGCCAAGGAAGCUGACAAGAACCGCUCCAAGGCCAUCUACCAGUCUCUGGAGCCGUCUGUCCAGUCUGGGCAGCUGAAGGUUCCUCCCGGCUACCACCCGCUGGACGUGGAGAAGGAGUGGGGCAAGCUGCAUGUGGCCAUCCUGGAGCGGGAGAAACUUCUGCGCUCCGAGUUCGAGAGGUUGGAGCGCCUGCAGCGCAUUGUCAGCAAACUUCAGAUGGAGUCGGGUCUCUGUGAGGAGCACCUCAACCAGGCGGACACCCUCCUGCAGUCGGACAUCCGCCUGCUGGCUGCAGGGAAGGCGCCCCAAAAGUCGGCCGAGAUCGAGCGGGACCUGGACAAGGCCGAUGCCAUGAUCCGCCUGCUCUUCAACGAUGUGCAGGCGCUCAAGGACGGGCGCCACCCGCAAGGGGAGCAGAUGUACCGCAGGGUCUACCGCCUGCACGAGCGCCUGGUGGCCAUCCGCACGGAAUACAACCUGCGCCUGAAGUCUGGGUCGGCCCCCAUUGCCCAGGUCACGGUGCCCGUCACGCAGCGCCCGCGCCAGGAGCUGGACAACGUCACCCUGCGCUACCUGCAGGACCUGCUGGCCUGGGUGGAGGACAACCAGCGGCGCCUGAACGCGGCCGAGUGGGGCGUGGACCUGCCCACCGUGGAGUCUCAGCUGGGCAGCCACCGCGGACUCCACCAGUCCAUCGAGGAGUUCCGUGCCAAGAUCGAGAGGGCAAGAGCAGAUGAGGCCCAGCUCUCCCCUGGCCCACGAAGUGCCUACCGGGACUGCCUGAACAAGCUGGACUUGCAGUAUGCCAAGCUGCUGAACUCCUCCAAGGCCCGCCUGCGCCACCUCGAGAGCCUCCAGGCGUUUGUGGCAGCUGCCACCAAGGAGCUGAUGUGGCUGAACGAGAAGGAGGAGGAGGAGGUCAACUACGACUGGAGCGAGCGCAACAGCAACAUGGCCGCCAAGAAGGAGAGCUACUCCGGCCUGAUGCGGGAGCUGGAGCAGCGGGAGCGGAAGAUAAAGGAGAUCCAGAGCACCGGAGACCGGCUGCUGAGGGAGGAGCACCCAGGCAAACAGACUGUGGAGGCCUUCCAGGCUGCCCUGCAGACCCAAUGGAGCUGGAUGCUCCAGCUGUGCUGCUGCAUUGAGGCCCACCUGAAGGAGAACAACGCCUACUUCCAGUUCUUCUCCGACGUGAAGGAGGCGGAGGAAUUCCUGCGCAAGACCCAGGAGACCAUGCGGAAGAAGUUUGUCUGCGACCGCUCCAUCACCGUGACGCGCCUGGAGGACUUGCUGCAGGACUCCCUUGAGGAGAAGGAGCACCUGGCUGAGUACCAGGGUCAGCUGGCCGGGCUGGCCAAGCGAGCCAAGGCCAUUGUCCAGCUGAAGCCACGCAGCCCCAGCACAGCCCUCAAGGGACGACUGCCUCUCCAGGCCGUCUGCGACUACAAGCAGAUGGAGAUCACGGUGCACAAGGGUGACUCCUGCACCCUCCUCAGCAACGCCCAGCCGUACAAGUGGAAGGUGCUCAACGUGGCCGGGAGCGAGGCCACUGUGCCCUCCAUCGUCUUCCUGGUGCCCCCACCCAACAAGGAGGCCCUGGAGGCUGUCAGCAGGUUGGAGAGCAGCCACCAGAGCCUGCUGACCUUCUGGCACCAGCUGCACAUCAACAUGCAGAGCCUUCUCUCCUGGCAGUACCUGCAGAGGGACAUCCAGCAGAUCCAGUCCUGGUCGCUGCUCAUAUUCCGGACGAUGCCCCCCGAGGAUUACCGGAAGACCUUGCGCAGCCUGGAGACCCACUACCAGGAGUUCCUGCGCAACAGCCAGGACUCCCAGAACUUCCUGCCGGAUGACCGGCUGCACGUGGAGCGCGAAUACACCCUCUGCACCCAGAAGUACGAGAUGCUGCUGCGCGGCCUGGAGAAAGGGGAGCAGGAGGAGUCUCUCUGCAGGAACUUCAUCUCUCAGCUGAAGGACAUCCGCCUGCAGCUGGAGGGCUGCGAGUCCCGCACCAUCCACAAGAUCCGCUCUCCGCUGGACAAGGACCCUGCCAAGGAGUGUGCCCAGCGCAUCAGUGACCAGCAGCAAAUCCACCUGGAACUGGAGGGCAUCAAGAAGAACCUGGGCAAAGUCAGCGCCAAGACGGAGGAGGUGCUGGCGCAACCAGAGCAGGCCAGCUCGGCCCCCACCCUCCACUCGGAGCUGGACAUCACCCUGCAGAAGAUGGACCAGGUGUACAGCCUCUCCAGCAUCUACCUGGAAAAGCUGAAGACCAUCAACCUGGUGAUCCGCAGCACGCAAGGGGCAGAGGAGCUGGUCCGCAAGUACGAGGAGCAGCUGAAGGAUGUGCAAGCGGUGCCCUCUGACCUCAAGGCCCUGGAGGCCACCAAGACGGAGCUGAAGAGGCUGCGUGGGCAGGUGGAAGGGCACCAGCCCAUCUUCAGCACCCUGGAGGCCGACCUGGGCAAGGCCAGCGAGGUGAACGAGCGGAUGGUGCAGGGCCACAGCGAGAGGGACAUCGACCUGGACCGCUACCGGGAGCGGGUGCAGCAGCUGCUGGAGCGCUGGCAGGCCAUCCUGGCCCAGAUCGACCUGCGCCAGAGGGAGCUGGACCAGCUGGGACGCCAGCUGCGCUACUACCGCGAGAGCUAUGACGGCCUCAUCCAGUGGAUCCAGGACGCCCGGCAACGCCAGGAGAGCCUCCAGGCCGUUCCCAUCACCAGCAGCAAGGGCGUGCGGGAGCAGCUGCUGCAGGAGAAGAAACUCCUGGAGGAAUGUGAGCGCAACCGGGAGAAGGUGGAGGAGUGCCAGCGCUUUGCCAAGCAAUACAUAGAUGCCAUCAAGGAUUAUGAGCUCCAGCUGGUGACCUACAAGGCGCAGGUGGAGCCAGUGGCCUCUCCAGCCAAGAAGCCCAAAGUUCAGUCGGCCUCGGACAGCAUCAUCCAGGAGUACGUGGACCUGCGGACGCGCUACAGUGAGCUGACCACGCUGAGCAGCCAGUACAUCAAGUUCAUCACUGAGACGCUUCGGCGGCUGGAGCAGGAGGAGAAAACCGCAGAGAAGCUGAAGGAGGAGGAGCGGAAGCGCCUGGCCGAGGUGGAGGCGCAGCUGGAGAAGCAGAAGCAGCUGGCGGAGGCCCAUGCGCAGGCCAAGGCGCAGGCCGAGAGGGAGGCCCAGGAGCUGCAGCGCCGAAUGCAGGAGGAGGUCAGCCGGAGGGAGCUGGUGGCCGUGGACGCCGUGCAGCAGCAGCAAACCAUCCAGCAGGAGCUGAAGCAGAUGAAGCUCAGCUCGGACGCGCAGAUCCAGUCCAAGCUCAAGGUGAUCGAGGAGGCCGAGAUCAACCGCCGGAAGGUGGAGGAGGAGAUCCACAUCAUCCGCCUGCAGCUGCACGCCACCGAGAAGCAGAAGGCGGCCGCGGAGGGAGAGCUGCAGGCGCUGCGGGACAGCGCCGAGGAGGCCGAGCGCCAGAAGCGCCUGGCCCAGGAGGAGGCUGAGCGCCUGCGCAAGCAAGUCAAGGACGAGGCCCAGAAGAAGAAGGAGGCGGAGGACGAGCUGAAGCGCAAGGUGCAGGCCGAGCAGCAGGCCGCCCGCGAGAAGCAGAAGGCCCUGGAGGACCUGCAGAAGCUGCGCCUGCAGGCGGAGGAGGCCGAGCGCAGAAUGAAGCAGGCUGAGCUGGAGAAGGAGCGGCAGGUGCAGGUGGCCCAGGAGAUGGCGCAGAAGAGCGCCGCAGCAGACCUGCAGAGCCGGCGCCUCUCCUUCGCCGAGAAGACGGCGCAGCUGGAGAUGUCCCUCCAGCAGGAGCACAUCACGGUCACACACCUGCAGGAGGAGGCCGAGAGGCUGAAGAAGCUGCAGCUGGACGCAGAGGCAUCUCGUGAAGAGGCCGAGAAGGAGGUGGAGAAGUGGCGCCAGAAGGCCAACGAGGCUCUGCGCCUGCGGCUCCAGGCGGAGGAGGUGGCCCACAAGAAGGCCCUGGCGCAGGAAGAGGCUGAGAAGCAGAAGGAGGACGCAGAGCGCGAGGCCCGGAAGCGGUCGAAGGCCGAGGAGUCCGCCCUGCGCCAGAAGGAGCUGGCUGAGGAGGAGCUGGAGAAGCAGCGGAAGCUGGCUGAGGGCACCGCCCAGCAGAAGUUCCUGGCGGAGCAGGAGCUCAUCCGCCUGAAGGCUGAGAUGGAGAAUGGGGAGCAGCAACGGCUGCUGCUGGAGGAGGAGCUCUUCCGCCUCAAGAACGAGGUGAGCGAAGCCAUCCAGAAGCGCAAGGAGCUGGAGGAGGAGCUGGCCAAGCUGCGGGCCGAGAUGGAGCUGCUGCUGCGGAGCAAGACCAAAGCAGAAGAGGAGACCCGCUCGACCAGCGAGAAGUCCAAGCAGAUCCUGGAGGCGGAGGCCAACAAGCUGCGGGAGCUGGCGGAGGAGGCGGCCCGGCUGCGUGCCCUCUCGGAGGAGGCCAAGCGGCAGCGGCAGCUGGCAGAGGAGGAAGCCGCCCGACAGCGGGCAGAGGCCGAGCGGAUCCUCAAGGAGAAACUGGCUGCCAUCAAUGACGCCUCACGGCUGAAGGCGGAGGCUGAGAUCGCCCUGAAGGAGAAGGAGGCUGAGAAUGAGCGGCUGCGGCGGCUGGCGGAGGACGAGGCCUACCAGCGGAAGCUGCUGGAGGAGCAGGCCACCCAGCACAAGCAGGACAUUGAGGAGAAGAUCACGCAGCUGAAGAAGUCCUCUGAAGGUGAGCUGGAGAGGCAGAGGACCAUCGUGGACGAGACACUCAAGCAGCGGCGCAUCAUCGAGGAGGAGAUCCGCAUCCUCAAGAUCAACUUUGAGAAGGCCUCUGUGGGGAAGACGGACCUGGAGCUGGAGCUGGGCAAGAUCAAGCAGAAUGCUGAGGAGAUCCAGCGCAGCAAGGAGCAGGCCGAGAAUGAGGCUGAGAGGCUGCGGCAGCUGGCCCUGGAGGAGGAGAACCGCCGUCGGGAGGCCGAAGCCAAGGUCAAGCAGAUCCUGGCUGCUGAGCAGGAUGCAGCCCGCCAGCGCAAGGCAGCCCUGGAGGAGGUGGAGCGGCUGAAGGCGAAGGUGGAGGAGGCCAAGAGGCAGAAGGAGGUGGCGGAGAAGGAGUCGGAGAGGCAGAUCCAGCUGGCCCAGGAGGCUGCCCAGAAAAGGAUUGCGGCAGAAGAGAAGGCCCACUUGGCCGCCGUGCAGCAGAAGGAGCAGGAGCUGCUGCAGAGCAGGCAGCAGGAGCAGAGCAUCCUGGACAAGCUGAAGGAGGAGGCUCUGAGGGCCAAGAAGGCGGCCGAGGAAGCAGAGUUUGCGCGGGUCAAGGCGGAGCAGGACGCAGCCCUGUCCCGGCAGCUGGUGGAGGAAGCUGAGCACAUGAAGCAGCGGGCGGAAGAGGAGGCCCAAGCCAAGGCCAAGGCCCAGGAGGAUGCGGAGCAGCUCCGGAAGGAGGCUGAGCUGGAGGCGGCCAGGAGGGCCCAGGCGGAGCAGGCGGCCCUCAAGCAGAAGCAGCUGGCGGACGCAGAGAUGGAGAAGCACAAGAAGUUUGCGGAGCAGACCCUGCGGCAGAAGGCCCAGGUGGAGCAGGAGCUGACCAAGGUCAAGCUUCGGCUGGAGGAGACGGACCACCAGAAGAACAUCCUGGAGGAGGAGCAGCAGCGGCUGAAGAACGAGGUGACGGAGGCCAUGAAGCAGAAGGCGCAGGUGGAGGAGGAGCUCUUUAAGGUGAAGAUCCAGAUGGAGGAGCUGGUCAAGCUGAAGCUGCGCAUUGAGGAGGAGAACAAGAUCCUCAUCAUGAAGGACAAGGACAACACCCAGAAGUUCCUGGCGGAGGAGGCGGAGAAGAUGAAGCAGGUGGCGGAGGAGGCUGCCCGGCUGAGUGUGGAGGCGCAGGAGGCCGCGCGCAUGCGCAAGCUGGCGGAGGAGGACCUGGCGCAGCAGCGGGCGCUGGCGGAGAAGAUCCUGAAGGAGAAGAUGCAGGCGGUGCAGGAGGCCACGCGGCUGAAGGCCGAGGCGGAGAUGCUGCAGAAGCAGAAGGAGCUGGCCCAGGAGCAGGCCAAGAAGCUGCAGGAGGACAAGGAGCAGAUGCAGAUGCAGCUGGCCGAGGAGGCCGAGGGCUUCCAGAAGACCCUGGAGGCGGAGCGCCGCCGGCAGCUGGAGAUCACAGCCGACGCCGAGCGCCUGAAGGUGCAGGUGACGGAGCUGAGCCUGGCCCAGGCCAAGGCCGAGGAGGAGGCCAAGCGCUUCAAGAAGCAGGCGGAGGAGAUCAGCCGCAAGCUGCACGACACGGAGCUGGCCACCCGGGAGAAGGUGACCCUGGUGCAGACGCUGGAGAUCCAGAGGCAGAAGAGCGACCAGGACGCCGAGGCCCUGAGGAAGGCCAUCGCGGAGCUGGAGCAGGAGAAGGAGAGGCUGAAGCGCGAGGCGGAGCGGCUGCAGCAGCAGGCCGAGGAGAUGCAGGUGGCUCAGAAGGAGCAGUUGCUCCAGGAGACGCAGAUCCUCCAGCAGACUUUCCUGUCGGAGAAGGACAUCCUCUUGCAGAAGGAGAGGUUCGUGGAGGAGGAGAAGGCCAAGCUGGAGAAGCUCUUCCAGGACGAGGUCAACAAGGCUCAGGGCUUAAAGGCGGAGCAGGAGCGCCAGCAGAAGCAGAUGGAGCAGGAGAAGCAGCAGCUGGCGGCCACCCUGGAGGAGGCCAAGAAGAAGCAGGCGGAGGCCGAGGAGAAUGUCCGCCGGAAGCAGGAGGAGCUCCAGCAGCUGGAAAAGCAGCGGAAGCAGCAGGAGAAGCUUCUUGCGGAGGAAAACCAGAAGCUGAGGGAGAAGCUGGAGAAGCUGCAGGAGGAGCAGCGGGUGGCCCUGGCUCAGACGAGGGAGAUCAUGAUCCAGACCGAUGACCUUCCCCAGGAGGUGGUUGUCCCAUCCACGCAGGCACCUCAGUCGAAGGCUGUGCCCAACGGCCGAGACAUGGUAGAUGGCAUCUCUCGGAACGGUGAGCCAGAAUUGGCUUUCGAUGGAAUCCGUCAGAAAGUGCCUGCCAAGAAGCUGCUGGAGGCUGGCAUCCUGAGCCGAAAGAACCUGGACAAGUUGACCAAAGGGAAGGUGACGGUGGAGGAGCUCUCCAAGAGGGAUGACGUCAGGAGGUACUUGCAAGGCACCAACAGCAUCGCCGGCCUGGUGGUUAAGCCAACCAAUGAGAAAGUGAGCAUCUACCAGGCCAUGAAGCAGCAGCUGCUCAGCCCAGGCACAGCCCUCAUCCUGCUGGAGGCACAGGCUGCCUCUGGCUUCAUCAUCGACCCCAUAAAGAACAAGCGGAUGUCCGUCAACGAGGCUGUGAAAGAGGGAGUCGUGGGGCCUGAACUGCACAAUAAAUUGCUGUCUGCUGAGAGAGCAGUGACCGGCUACAAAGAUCCCUACACGGGGGAAAAGAUCUCCCUCUUCCAAGCCAUGACAAAAGAUCUCAUUGUGAAAGACCACGCGAUCCGGCUCCUGGAGGCUCAGAUUGCCACAGGAGGCAUCAUCGACCCCAUCAAUAGUCACCGCCUGCCCGUGGAAGUGGCCUACAAGCGAGGCUUCUUCGAUGAAGAGAUGCAGAAGAUCCUCUCUGACCCCACGGAUGACACCAAAGGCUUCUUCGACCCCAACACCCAGGAGAACCUGACUUACUUGCAGCUGAUGGAGAGAUGUGUGACCGACCCGGAGACUGGCCUCACUCUGCUGCCGCUGACAGACAAAGCAGCCAAAGGCAGAGAGCUGGUCUACACCGACCAAGAGGCAAAAGACGUCUUCAGGAAAGCCACAGUGUCUGCUCCCUUCGGCCAAUUCAAGGGGAAGACCGUGACCAUCUGGGAAAUCAUCAACUCUGAGUAUUUCACUGAGGAGCAGAGGCGGGACCUUCUGCGCCAGUACAAGACUGGAAAGAUCACCGUGGAGAAGAUAAUCCGGCUCGUCAUCACAGUGGUGGAGGAGAGCGAGAAGAAGAGCCAGCUCUGUUUUGAUGGGCUCCGGGCGCCUGUCCCAGCUGCCGAGCUGCUGGAGAGCAAAAUCAUUGACAAGGAUCUUUACAACCAGUUGCACCAGGGGAAGAAGUCCGUGAAGGAUGUCGCCAACGAUGAGGCCGUCAAGAAGUAUCUGAAAGGCUCAAGCGCCAUCGCAGGCAUCUUGGUAGAGUCAACAGGCCAGAAGUUACUGCUCAAUGAUGCCUUGAAGAAAAACCUCCUCAAGCCAGAGGUGGUCCUGAUGCUCCUGGAGGCCCAGGCUGGAAGUGGAUACAUCAUUGACCCCGUGAGGAAUGAGUAUCUCCCUGUGGACGAAGCCGUCAAAUCUGGAAUUGUUGGCCCUGAGUUGCAUGAGAAGCUGCUGUCUGCAGAGAAGGCUGUGACAGGGUACAAGGACCCUUACACGGGGCAGGUGGUCUCGCUUUUCCAAGCACUGCAGAAAGGCCUCAUUGCCAAGGAGACAGGGGUCCGUCUGCUGGACGCUCAGCUUGCCACCGGGGGCAUCAUUGACCCCGUGAACAGCCACCGCCUCCCCCUUGACGUUGCUUGCAAGCGAGGCUACUUCAGCGAAGAGAUGCACAAGACGUUGUCUGCUCCAGCGGACGAUGCCAAGCUGUACUACGACCCCAACGCCCAGGAGAAGGUCAGUUACGCUCAGCUGCAGAGGAAAUGCCACGUUGACAAGCCGACGGGCCUUCGCCUGCUCUCCCUCUCUGACCAGGCCAUCCGGCUUCAGCAGGAGGAGGUCUACUCCGAUAGCCAGGCUAAGGAAUCCUUUGGCAAGGCAGUGGUGGAAGUCCCAGCUGGCAGCUUGAAGGGCAAAACAGUCACAAUCUGGGAGCUGAUUCAUUCUGAAUAUUUCACUGAAGAGCAGAGGCGGGAGCUGAUACGGCAGUUCAAAUCCGGCAAAGUCACCAUCGAGAGGGUCAUCAAAAUAAUUGUCACCAUCAUUGAAGAGACUGAGACCAAAAAGCAAGAGAAGCUGACCUUCAGUGGCUUGCGUGCCCCCGUGCCUGCCAGCGAGCUCUGGGAGUCCAAGAUUCUCAGCAAGGCCCAGUAUGAGCAGCUGAAGGAAGGGAAGAAGACUGUGAGGGACCUCUCCGAGACGGGAGACGUGAAGAGGUACCUCCAAGGGAGCGACUGCAUUGCUGGUGUGUAUGUGGAAGAAACCAAGGAGAAGCUGAGCAUCUACGAAGCCAUGAAGAAGAACCUGCUCCUGCCCAGCACAGCAGUUGUCCUCCUGGAGGCCCAGGCAGCCACAGGGUUCAUGGUGGACCCAGUCAGGAACCAGAAGCUAUAUGUCAAUGAGGCGGUGAAGGCUGGCAUUGUGGGACCAGAGCUCCAUGAGAAACUGCUGUCCGCCGAGAAGGCUGUGACUGGGUACAAGGACCCUUACUCUGGGAACACCAUCUCCCUCUUUGAGGCCAUGAAGAAGGGGCUGAUCCUCAGGGAACACGCCAUCCGCCUGCUGGAGGCCCAGGUCGCCACUGGAGGCAUCAUCGACCCCGUGCACAGCCACCGUGUCCCCGUGGAGGUGGCUUACAAGCGAGGUUACUUUGAUGAAGCGCUGAACCGAUCCCUCUUGGACCCCACAGAUGACACCAAGGGCUUCUUUGACCCCAACACCAAGGAGAAUCUUACUUACCUGCAGCUGAAGGAGAGGUGUAUUGAAGACCCUGAGACCGGCCUCUAUCUGCUGCCCUUGAAGCAACCUGAGAGACCCACCGUGGUGGAGACAACCCAGGUGUACACUGAGGCCGAGACCAAGCAGGUGUUUGAGGAGACCCAGGUUGACAUUCCAGUGGGAGACAGGGCCGGCUCCUCCAUGUCCUUAUGGGAGAUCAUGAACUCGGACCUGAUCCCUGAGGAGCAACGCAAUCGGCUGAUGGAUGAGUUCCGCUCCGGCAAGGUGACAAAGGAGCGCAUGAUCAUCAUCAUCAUCGAGAUCAUUGAGAAGACAGAGAUCAUCCGGCAGCAAGACCUCACCUCCUAUGACUAUGUCCGCCGCCGCAUCACUGCUGAGGACCUCUAUGAGGCCAGGAUCAUCUCCCUGGAAAUAUACAAUGCACUGAAGCAGGGCUCCAAGACCAUCCGCGAGAUCCUGGAGAUCGAGACCACCUGGAGGUACCUGUACGGCUCCGGCUGUGUUGCUGGAAUCUACAUUCCAUCCAGCAAACAGAAGAUCAGCAUCUACCAGGCCCUGAAGAAAGGGCUGAUCAGCCCAGAGGUGGCUCGGCCCUUGCUGGAAGCUCAGGCUGCCACUGGCUUCAUUGUGGAGCCCAUCAAAAAUGACAUGUUGACUGUUGAUGAGGCCGUCAGGAAAGGGGUUGUGGGCCCAGAAAUGCAUGACCGUCUCCUGUCUGCCGAGAGAGCUGUGACCGGUUACCGCGACCCCUACAGCGAGCAGAAAAUCUCUCUUUUCCAGGCCAUGAAGAAGGAUCUCAUCCCUUCUGAAGAAGCCCUCCGGCUGCUUGAUGCCCAGUUGGCCACUGGAGGCAUAAUAGACCCACACCUGGGCUUCCACCUGCCCUCAGAGAUUGCCAUUCAGCGUGGCUACUUUAACAGGGAGACGCACGACCGGCUGUCUGAGCCCAGUGAGGUCCGCAGCUAUGUGGAUCCCUCCACCGACGACAAGCUCAGCUAUGCACAGCUCCUCAAGCGAUGCAGGAAGGACGAGAACAAUGGCUGCCUGCUGUUGCCCCUCUGUGACACUCGGAAGCUGACCUUCAGGGGCCUGAGGAAGCAGAUCUCGGUUGAAGAGCUGGUGCGCUCCAAAGUCAUGGAUGAAGCAACCGCCCAGCGCCUCCAGGAGGGCUUGACCUCUGUGGAAGAAGUCUCCAAAAACCUGCAGAGGUUCUUGGAGGGCACCAGCUGCAUUGCUGGCGUCUACGUGGACUCCUCCAAGGAGAGACUGUCCGUGUACCAGGCCAUGAAGAAAGGCAUCAUCCGUCCCGGCACAGCCUUUGAGCUGCUGGAAGCCCAGGCAGCUACUGGGUAUGUCAUUGACCCCAUCAAGAGCCUCAAGUUGACUGUGGAGGAGGCUGUGCGCAUGGGCAUCGUGGGUCCCGAGUUCAAGGACAAGCUGCUUUCAGCAGAGAGGGCUGUGACAGGCUACAAGGACCCCUACUCUGGCAAGAUGAUCUCCCUCUUCCAAGCCAUGAAGAAAGGCCUGAUCCUGAAAGACCACGGGAUCCGUUUGCUAGAAGCUCAGAUUGCCACAGGAGGCAUCAUUGAUCCAGAGGAGAGCCAUCGCCUGCCUGUGGAAAUGGCAUACAAGAGAGGCCUGUUUGAUGAGGAAAUGAAUGAGAUCCUCCUGGAUCCUAGUGAUGACACCAAGGGCUUCUUUGACCCAAACACUGAGGAGAACCUGACCUACCUGCAGCUGAUGGAGAGGUGCAUGACAGACCCUGAGACUGGGCUCUGCCUUCUGCCUUUGAAGGAGAAGAAACGGGAGAGGAAGACCUCCUCCAAGUCCUCCGUCCGCAAGCGCAGGGUGGUGAUCGUUGACCCAGAGACCGGGAAGGAGAUGUCCGUGUACGAAGCCUACCGCAAAGGCCUCAUUGACCACCAGACCUAUUUGGAGCUCUCUGAGCAGGAGUGCGAAUGGGAAGAGAUCACUAUUUCCUCCUCGGAUGGGGUCGUCAAAUCCAUGAUCAUUGACCGGAGGUCAGGGAGGCAGUACGACAUCGACGACGCCAUUGCGAAGGGCCUGAUUGACCAGUCUGCCCUGGACCAGUACCGCUCGGGCACUUUGUCCAUCACAGAGUUUGCAGACAUGUUGUCUGGCAACAUGAGCGGGUUCCGAUCCAGAUCUUCCUCCGUCGGCUCCUCCUCUUCCUACCCUGUAAGCCCCGCCCAUGGGAGAGCUCAGCUGACCUCCUGGAGUGACCCCACGGAGGAGACCGGCCCAGUGGCUGGCAUCCUGGACACAGACACCCUGGAGAAGGUCUCCAUCACAGAGGCCAUGCACCGCAACCUGGUGGACAACAUCACUGGCCAGAGACUGCUGGAGGCUCAGGCCUGCACGGGAGGGAUCAUUGACCCAAGCUCCGGGGAGAAGUUCUCCGUCGCCGAUGCCGUUAACAAAGGCCUAGUGGACAAGAUCAUGGUGGACAGGAUCAACCUCGCCCAGAAGGCUUUCUACGGCUUUGAGGACCCCAGAACCAAGACCAAGAUGUCUGCGGCACAAGCCCUAAAGAAGGGCUGGCUGUACUACGAGGCCGGCCAGCGGUUCCUGGAGGUGCAGUAUCUGACUGGAGGGCUGAUUGAGCCGGAGGUGACUGGCCGGGUCCCCCUGGAUGAGGCGCUGCAGAAGGGCACCAUCGAUGCCCGCACGGCCCAGAAGCUCCGGGACGUGAACACCUAUUCCAAGUACUUGACCUGCCCCAAAACCAAGCUCAAGAUCUCCUACAAGGACGCCAUGGACAGGAGCAUGACGGAGGAGGGCACCGGCCUGCGUCUUCUGGAAGCCUCUUCCCAGUCCAGCAAAGGCUAUUACAGCCCCUACAAUGUCAGCGGCUCCGGCUCCACCUCGGGGUCUCGAUCCGGCUCGCGAACGGGAUCCCGGUCGGGCUCCAGGCGAGGGAGCUUCGACGCGACGGGCUCCGGUUUCUCCAUGUCUUUCUCUUCCGCCUCUUACACUGCUUCCAACUACGGCCGAAGAUACACAUCAGGUCCAAGCGGCGGUGGCAGCACAGAUGUCCCCCCCAGCCUUGCUGGCAUCUCGGCCCCCCACAGCGUGAGCUGCGGAGGAGGAGAAAGCGGCAGCAGGAGAUCUCUUGGACUGCAGGGGCAGCCGCAGCUUCCUGUGGCCUCCAGCGACUUCCUCCACGGAGCCCCACCAGCUCCCUCCGUCAAGGCAGAGGAUGACCCUCGUGCCAAGGAGCCUCCUGACCUCCUGCCUCCAGUCUGCACCCUCCGCCUCCAGUCAGGAAGGAAGAGAGCCCCCACCGCCCCCUGGGCACCCCACAGCCCCCCUCGGCUGCCACAAGCUUCCAACGCCAUGCCUGGACUGCUCUUUCUCACGGGCCCUCGGCCGGACGACCAAGACCACUGCUGUCUGCACUCCACCGCGGCUGCUCUCUGGCUGGCUUCCCCUCCGCUGCCUGGACUCUGUGCUCAGACCACGUUUUCUCCUAGUCCCACCAAAGAAGCCCCCCUGUCGCUGGGAGAACUCCUGAGCUGGUUUUCUGAGGUCAGCAAGUCCUGGAGGAGCUCAGCAGGAGGCCCCGAGGCGGCAGCAGAUGCAGCAGCCUUCCCUCCGCUGCUCUCGCCCACAAAGACGUUUUUCAUGGUGGAUGCUGCUAGCCUCCCAGGAAGGAACUCGGACCCCCCAACUCCAGACGCAGAACAGGGACCAGAGAGGGCCUGGCCGAGGGGCGACUGGAAGGAGCGCAGCCCAGACAUGCGGGAGCAGCUGCUCUCCCUGUGCCACUGGCUGGAUGCCCUGGAGAAGAGGCUGCCGGGCCUCCCUGAGCGGGACUCUGCCACAGAGCCAGCAAUGAGCUGGAUCCUGGCUGACAUGGUGAAAGUGCCAGCCCUGGAGGGCACAGCCCUGGUGGCCCACAUCCCUGUGCAACUCAAGGUGUCUGAGGACGGCAAGUCCCCUUCCGUGGGUGGCCAAGGGGCAUCGUGCCCGCCAGUGGGCCUCCCUGCUGCCAUGGCCCUGGCAGACUCUGGUGGAGGUGGGCAGCAGCAGCAGCAGCAGCAGCCCUCGGAGAAGCUGGCGGAGCGGGCAGCGGGCAGUCUUCCUCUGCUGGUGGGGCUCUUCUGGGCCCAGAUCCACGGGGCUUCCUGGGAGGUGCCGCCUUCUCCCUCCUCGUGUGCCAGUUCUCCUUGGGAGGGCCUCCCCCACAUCCAUCCCGCAACCCCUCCAUCCAUCCGUCUUCUCCGGCCUGGACUGACAGCUACCAGGAGAGCCCUGGGAGAGGGGGCAGAGGGGGCUCCACGCUGCCGCCAGGGCGCCCGCCACCAAGCUGGCCUCCAGCUGCUGCUCCAGAGAAGGCCUCCUCCCCGCACGACACGCCGGACCCUGGGCCAGACACACCGGCAGCACCGGCUCUCCUCUCCCGAUGGAACUUCAGCCCAAGGCCCCCCACCGCCGGGGGCUUCCGACGGCUCCUCUCCGUCCGUCCUGGGGGCAGCGGCUGAGGAGCCCCUGAAGGCAGAAGCAGAGGCAGCCGCUGUGCCCUUGGCCCACCAUCGACCGCCACUGUCUCCUCCGCCGCCAGCCAUGGGCAAUGCGGGGGGCAGACCCAGCUGCCUGGGGGAGAAAAGCCAGAAGCCGGACGACUUCCUGAAGGACUCGUACCUCAAGGACCUGGGCCUGGCGUGCGGGCGCCCCUCCAGGAGGAACAACGCAGGGGGCCACGGGGGCCCCCCGGAGAAGCCUCCACUCAGCCCCCGGGUGAUCGAGAACGGCUGGAGCGUGGCGACGCUGGGGGGGCCCAGCAAGAGCCAGCAGGGCAGCCCCCUCCCCAAGCAGAACAACAUGGAUGUCAAGGUGCAGAACGGGGGGGCCCUCAGCUGCAGCAACCCCCUCAAGGCCCAGCUGGAGGCAGCAGCGGCGGUGGCGGGGGCUGCCUGGAGUCCCCCCCGGGGGCUGGCGCACGGGAGCGGCUGGGUCUGGAAGCCCCUCACCACCACGGAGGUGACGGAGGUGACCGAGGUGACCGAAACCGUUGUGACUGAGAUCGUGGAGGUGACCGAGUACCCCGGGGGCGACCGGAGCAAAGAGCCCACCGUCACCAGGCGGGUCAAGGUGCUCACGGAGUGCGCAGGAGGAGCCCUGCCAGAGCUCCAGAACAGCCAGAGCUGGCCUGCUGGCCAGGGGGACCCUCUGGAGCCGUGGAGCAGCCCCAGCAGCAAGGCAGCUGCUGCCCUCCUAGGAGAGGUGUGGGGCGCAGAGCAGGCCCAAGUGACUCUGAGGAAGCUUCUCUCUUGGGUCAGCGACAUGGAGGAGCUCAUGGCCAACCAGAAGCCCCCUUCCUCCGAAGCCAAAGUGGUGAAGGCGCAGCUGCAGGAGCAAAAGCUUCUAAGGCGCCUUCUGGACGAGCGCAGGUCCCAUGUGGAGGGCCUCCUGCAGGAGAGACGGGCACCCUCUGAGCCCCCUGGCACCACAGACGGGCACGGAAAGGAUGGAGGCCUUGCCAACCUCCAGGAGAAGUGGCAGACGCUAAUCCAGGGGGCAGAAGCCAGGCACAGCUCCCUGGAGCGGAUCCUUCCUGCAGCCCACACCUUCCAGGAGUCUGUCGAUGUUUUCCAGGACUGGCUGGCCUCCACAGAGAGGAAGCUGGCUGAGCUGUGGAGAGCCAACGGGAGCCUCAGCCAGGCGCAGGGAGCCCUCCAGCAAGUCCAGGACCUCUGUGAGGAAAUCCGGUCCAAGACGGCUGACCUGGAACGGGCUCUGGAGCACGGGCAGAGGCUUCUGGAGAUGGUGGCAGGAGAGGAAGCCCAUCUGGCCCAGGAGAAGAUGGACUCCCUGCGGAUGAGGUUCCUCCUGGUGGGCCAGAGCAGCGCUGCCAUCCUGCACCGCCUGGAGCAGACCCUGGAGGCCUCCUGCCGGCUGGGCCCCACGGAGGAGGAUCUGGCCCUGUGGCUGGAGCGCUUGGAGAAGGAGCUGGCACCGCAGGGGGGCCAGCCGGGGGGUGACGAUGACGGGACCCGCCAGCUCAGUGCUUCAGACAGAGAGAAGUUUGAGCAGGUGCUGGGCUCCGAGAUGGACAAGGUGUCCCACCUGAGCACACACCUGGAGGAGCUGGGCCAGGUGCACCUGGAAGCGGAGGCCAUCCAGCAGCAGCUGGCUGAUCUGAAGCUCCUGUCGGCGGAGAUCUUGCACCACCACGGCCUCGUGGAACGGCUGGUGGCCAUCGCUGACCCACUGCUCAGCCUCUGCCCCCCAGAAGUGCAACAGCAGCUCCAGCCCUCAGUCCGGCCCCUGCAGGAGCGCUCGGAGCACCUCCUGCGCCAGAGCCUGGCCUGCACCCUGCGCCUGGAGCGUGCCCAGUCUCUGCUGGCGCAGUUCGCUGAAGCCCGUGAGGAGCUGUGCCCGUGGCUGGAGGAGACGCAGCGGGCAGUGGGGCAGUUCUCCCCCGACGGCAUCAGCUGCGAGGCCUUCCGGGAGCACCAGGAGCUGCUGCAGGGUCUCCGAGAGGCCAUUGCAGAGCACAAGCCCCUGAUGUCCAAGUUGCAACGGCUGUCGGGGCAGCUGGCUGAGCUCAGUCCACAGGAGGCUGCCCCCUUCCAGCAGGGCUGGCAGGCGGCCGAGGAGCAGUAUGGAAGCAUCCGGGAAAGGGUUCGCCAGGCGGCAGCUGUGCUGGAGGAGGCCAUUCCGCGAUACAGCCAGCUGUCGGAGCGCAUGGAGCUGAUGGUAGAGAGCUUGGAGAGGCUGCAGAGCCGCACGAGGGACCCCCCUGCGGUGCGGGGAGACUCCGCCUGGCUCCGGGAGCAGAUCCGGGAGAACGGCCUCCGGCUGGCGGAGCUGGAGAAGCUGGGAGUGGCUCUGGAGACCCUCCGCGGGCAGGGGGCUGAGCUGCUGGCCACCGUGCAGGCGAGCGGAAACAGAGGGAUCCAGGAGCGUGUGGAGCAGCUGCUGAGCCAGUGGAAGGUCCUUUGGGAGCAGAGCGAGGAGCGGGAGAACUGGCUGCAGGGCCUGCUGGUGCUGGCCGACCGCUUCUGGCAGGGCCUCUCGGACCUGGCCGCCACCCUGGGAGACAUCCAGCAGGUGGUGCUGGAGCCGGAGGAGGCUGCCUCGGACCCCAAGGCCAUCCAGGCCAGGCUUGGGGCCAUGCAGGCCCUGCGAGAAGAGAUCGACUCCCUGCUGAACGAGCUGGACUCCCUGGGCGUCCUGGGCAUGGAGCUGAUGUCGUCCUGUGGAGAUCUGGACAAACCGGACGUCACCAAGAGCCUAGAUGAUCUCUACUCUUCUUGGAACAGCCUGAGCCGGGUGUGGGGCGAACGCCAGACCCGCCUGGAAGAGCAGCUGCAGGCCUCACUCAACUACCAGCAGACCAUGGAGAGGCUCCUGAGAUGGCUGGAGGCGGCUGAGUUGAAGAUUGCAGAGGAGUUUCUGGUCGGGGGGGACCUGGACCUUGUCAAGCAGCAGCUUUCAGAGCUCAAGGAUUUCAAGCGAGAGCUAUGCCAGGUCAAGGUGGAUGUGGAAAGCCUGCGGCACCCUGUGAGCCCCAGGGGGGCCAACAUCAAGGGGGCCCCCAGCGCUCUCUGCAGCUUCCGCAACCGCUGGAACUGGCUGGAGGAGGAAAUUGUGAAGCGGCAGCAUCGCCUGGAAGCCGCCCUCCUGGGUCUGGGUCAGUUCCAGAACCAGCUGGAGGAGCUCCUGCAGUGGCUCCUUCGCACCACAGAGCAGCUGGAGGCCCCCACCGGCCUCAGCCUGGACCUGCAGAGCUGUGAGAUUGAGCUGGCAAAGCACAAGGUGCUGCGGAACGAUGUCGUCUCUCGCACCCGGACCGUCCAGUCUGUGAGGGAGGCCGGGGAGGCCCUGGUGCUCUCUGGGGCAGGGGAUUCGGUGGAGGGGCUCCAGGGCAGCCUCCAGCAGCUGGGCCAGCGCUGGGACUUCCUCCUGGGCGAGAUGGAGAGUCGGCAGCUGGAGUUGGAGAACAACCUCAGCCAGGUGCAGGAUCUGACCUUGGAGAUCACAGAGCUGCUCCGGUGGCUGGAACACGUGGAGCUCCAGCUCUUUUUCUCCAAGCCAGGCUGGGAUCACCCAGAGACCACCAAGGACAAGCUGGCAGCACAUCUGGAGUUGUGCCGAGAGAUGGAGUCCAAGCAGCAGACAUACCACAGCGUCCGGGAGCAGCUCCAGCGCCUGCCGGCCACCAGCCACCCCCCACGGGCUUCCAGCAUGGAGCACAGCCUGAGCAUCCUAGAGCAGAAGUGGGCCAGCGUUGCCAGCCUGGUGCAGGAGCGGAAGGAGCAGCUCAGCGAAGGGCUGACGGUCAGCACCGAGUUCCACUCCACAGCCCAGGAGCUGCUGCAGUGGGUGGGGAGGACGGAGGAGGCCCUGGCAGGGCUGCCCCCUCCCAGCUACGUCCUGGAAACCGUCACCAGCCAGAUCCAGGAGCAGAAGGCCCUGGCCAAGGAGACCCAGGCGCAGAGCGAGAAGCUGGCCGGCCUGGAGGUGGUCGCCAUGCGCAUGAAGGGCUUCAGCCGGAAGCAGGACUGCGGCCUCAUCCACAGCCUGGUGCUGAACGCCAAGGAGCGGCUGGCCAAGGUGGCGCAGCAUGUGGGCGAGAGGGGGGCCCAGCUGGAGGAGGCACGCAAGCGCACCAAGCAGUUCAGCGAGUCUUGGCAGCUGCUCCUGGACUGGCUGGAUGAGGUGGAGCCUGACCUGGAGGGGAGCAGCAACGCUGCCGUGAGCCAGGAAGAGAUCAAGAACCUCCUGGAGGAACACAAGGAGUUCCAGAAGGGGCUGCGUGCCAAGCGCCCGGUCUAUGAGGCCACCUUGCGGAGUGGGCGCCUUCUCCGGGAGAAGGCCCUGCUGCCUGACGACACCCAAACCCUGGAGGAGAUGUUGGGGGAGCUGAGGGGCCAGUGGGAGGCCAUCUGUGGCCGGGCGGCUGAGAGGCAGCGCAAGCUGGAGGAAGGUCUGCUCUUCUCAGGCCGCUUCACAGAUGCCCUGCAGACCCUCAUGGACUGGCUGUACCGGGCUGAGCCCCAGCUGGCCGAGGAGACCCCCGUGGGUGGGGACAGGGACCUGGUCAGUGCCCUCAUGGACAAGCACAAGGUCUUCCAGAAGGAGCUGGGCCAGAGAGCCAGUUGCAUCAAGGUGCUGAGGCGCUCCCUGCGGGAUCUGAUGCGCGGCAGCAGCGGUGGCGCGGGAGACUCCCAGUGGCUCCAGAGCCAAGUGGAAGAGCUGAGCCACCGCUGGGAGAUCGUCUGCCAGCUCUCCGUCUCCAAGCAGGACCGGCUGGAGGCUGCCCUGCGGCAGGCCGAGGAGUUCCAUGCCCUGGUGAACUCCUUCCUGGGGCGCCUGACUGAGCUGGAGAAGUCCAUCAAGUUUGGUGCCCUUCCGUCAGAGGAGGCCGCUGUGCAGGAGUGCCAGAGUCAGCUGCAGGAUCUGAGGCAGAGCCUCCAGUGCCAGCAGCUGCAGCUGGAGUGCAUCAGCUCCCUGGGGGAGGAGAUCCUCAGCACCUCCCACCCGGACUCCGUCAUCACCAUCCGGUCGUGGGUCACUGUCUCCAGGAGUCGCUUCGAGGAGGUGCUGAGCUGGGCCCAGCAGCAGGAGGAGCGGCUGCAGGUGCAGGCAGCCUCUCUGGCCGCGGAGCGGGAGGAAGUGGCGCGGCUCAUGGACUGGAUCACGGCCGCUGAGGAAGCCCUGAGCCUCCGGGACGAGGAGCCCCUCCCAGAGGACGCAGAGCAGCUGGAGGAGCUCAGCGCCCAGCACGGGGUGUUCAUGGAGGAGCUGACCCACAAGCAGCCAGAUGUGGAGAGGGUCACCAAGAGCUGCAAGCGCAAGACAGCCCCUGAGGCGGGGGGGGUGGCCCCUGGCUCCCGCAAGCUGCCUUCCCGGCGGCGCAGCACCAGGAAGCUCUCCCCCAGGGCUCGGCCUGUGCCCCUCGAGGACCUGGCGCCCCAGAGCCCCCUCCUGGCCCAGCUGGUGCAGCGCUGGCAGCAGCUCUGGCUCUUGGCCCUUGACCGCCAGUACCGGCUCCAGAACGCCCAGCAGCGCCAGCGAGAGCUGGAGGAGUUUGCCCACUUUGACUUCUCGGUCUGGCGAAAGCGGUACAUGCAGUGGAUCAGCCAGAUGAAAUCUCGCAUCCUGGACGUCUUCCGGGGCAUUGACCGGGACCAGGACGGGCGCAUCACCCAGCAGGAGUUCAUCGAGAGCGUCCUCUCCUCCAAAUUCCCCACCAACCCGCUGGAGAUGAGUGCUGUGGCCAGCAUCUUUGACCUGAACAGGGAUGGCUUCAUUGACUACUAUGAGUUUGUGAGUGCUCUGCACCCCAGUCGGGACAUCCUGCGCAAGGCGGCUGAUGCGGACCAGAUCCAGGACGAGGUGAACAGGCAGGUGGCUCAGUGCAACUGUGAGAAGCGUUUCCAGGUGGAACAGAUCAGUGCCAACCGGUACAGAUUUGGGGAGUCACAGCAGCUGCGCAUGGUCCGCAUCCUGCGAAGCACCCUAAUGGUGCGUGUGGGCGGAGGCUGGAUUGCCCUGGAUGAGUUCCUGGUGAAGAACGACCCUUGCAGAGUGAAGGGAAGGACGAACCUCAAGAUCAAUGAGAAAUACCUGACGUCAGACCCUGCGGGGGGCAAAGGGGGCGGCUCUCAGUCCGCAGCCCCCGCCUCCAAGGCGCUGUCUCCCCCCAGCCGCUCCAAUUCCAGUCUCAGCCUCUACAGCAGUGCUUCAGCCCCCAGCAGCCCCCUCACCAGGAAGUCUGUCCUGCGCAGGACACGCUCCGGGGAUCGGUGCCUCCACUCCCGCAGCUCUCUGGUGACGGACGGGGCGGAGCUGACCUUUGCCGGAGGAGGAGGAGCCUCUGAGGAUGGAGGAGGAGCCUCUGAGGAUGGAGGAGGGGCCUCUGAGGAUGGAGGAGGAGCCUCUGAGGGUGGAGGAGGAGCCAGGGCGGAGCCUGAGGCUGAGCCCCCUCCAGAGCCCCCCGGAGGCCCCCCGCCCUGAAGGACGCAGCCUCUGCGGAAAAGACGGGCCGUCCAUCCUGACCACUGUGGCACCCGGAGCCAGUCGGGGCAGGGCCCCCUCGCGGGAGACGGGCUCAGAGGCC